AUGGCAAUGCCAAUGGAACUUGAGCUGAAGCAUGUGGAGCUGAGAGCUGGAGACCAGUUCAAAGUACAGGGGAGGUUCCAGAUCGACCUGGGCUGUGAUGAAGACAACCUGGCACUGCACUUUAACCCACGUUUCAAUGAUGACACUGAUGGCACUGUGCUCAUUGUACUGAAGCUGAUGGGUGACAUGUUUGAAGUGGAGAUGCCUGAUAGACAGGAGAUCCAGUUCCCCAAUCGUGAGGGCCUAGACGUCAUUACCUACAUUCGUAUCAAAGGAGACCUCAAACGUAUUUCUUUCAAAAUCUACUAG